GGCGCCGGUUGUGCGGACAGAAGGGGAAGCCGCGGCGCCUGAGUGUUGUUGGGUGCUGGAUGAGGGGCGCGGAGGAGAGGCCGACCAUUUCCAUACAUUUUCAGCUUGCAUGAAGAAAUGACUACUCAGUACAGCAUUCUCUUUAAGCAAGAACAAGCACAUGAUGAUGCCAUUUGGUCGGUCGCUUGGGGAAAAAAUAGAAAUGAUGGCUCAGAGACUGUAAUCUCAGGCUCUCUGGAUGACCUGGUGAAAGUCUGGAAAUGGAAUGAGGAAAAGCUGGACCUCAAGUGGACUUUAGAAGGUCAUCAGCUGGGAGUGGUGUCAGUGGAUAUUAGUCACACGGGUACCAUUGCGGCGUCCAGUUCUUUAGAUGCUCAUAUACGUAUUUGGGACUUAGACACGGGCAAACAGAUCAAGUCAAUAGAUGCAGGACCAGUUGAUGCCUGGUCAUUGGCCUUUUCCCCAGAUUCUCAGUACGUUGCAACGGGAAGUCACAUAGGGAAAGUCAACAUUUUUGGUGUCGAGACUGGAAAAAAAGAGUAUUCCCUGGACACUAGAGGGAAAUUCAUCCUGAGUAUUGCAUAUAGCCCAGAUGGAAAAUAUCUAGCCAGUGGAGCUAUAGAUGGCAUUAUCAAUAUUUUUGACAUUGCGACUGGAAAACUUCUGCAUACGUUGGAAGGCCAUGCUAUGCCUAUCCGUUCCUUGACAUUUUCCCCGGACUCCCAGUUGCUCGUCACGGCUUCAGACGAUGGCUACAUCAAGAUUUAUGAUGUGCAGCAUGCGAACCUGGCAGGCACACUUAGCGGCCACGCAUCUUGGGUGUUAAAUGUAGCCUUUUGUCCUGAUGACACCCAUUUUGUUUCCAGUUCGUCAGACAAAACUGUGAAAGUUUGGGAUGUACCAUCAAGGACUUGUGCUCAUACCUUCUUUGAUCAUCAAGACCAGGUCUGGGGUGUGCAAUACAACGGAAAUGGCUCAAAAAUUGUUUCAGUUGGUGACGACCAAGAAAUCCAUAUUUAUGACUGUCCAAUUUAAAUGCCCCUCACUCAGUCUGGGUUGCUUUCAAAGUCUAUGUGUAUAGCCUGAUAACAAGUGUUUCUGUAUUUUGAUAAUUCAAUUUUUUUUUGUCAAGAAAAUCUUUAGAUUUUGACAAAAGAAAAUAGAAUAAUCAAAAUAUAACUGCAUUUAUAUGAAUUUUGUCAUUUGGUUUAUAUAUGUAUGUUAUUUUAAAAGAAAAUAAAUUACUUAAUUGCCAAUAGGAUAUUGUAAUAUUA